AUGGCGCGGCGCGGGGACGGCGGCGUGGCGCGGCGCGGCUCCCUCUCCUCGGCCUCGGAGGACUCGGAGCUCUCGGGCUCGGAGCUCUCGGGCUCGGAGCUCUCGGACUCGGAGCUCCAGGAGGCCUUUUCCAAGGGCGCGCUCAAGCCGGGGCUCAACGUGGUGCUGGAGGGGCGGCCGCGGGCGCCCAACGACGUGGACGGGCUGAAGCGGAGCCUCGGCGACCUCCGGCGGCAGCUCGCCUGGGUGGAGAGGCUCGACGUGACGCUGGGCCCGGUGGCGGCCAUCGACAAUGACACCUCAACCGGCGAGGGGCACRGCGCUCCCCAGAAGGAGGCCGUGGACCCCGAGAACGACUUCCAGAGAGAGAUGAGCUUUUACCGACAGGCUCAGGCUGCCGUCCUGGAAGCGCUACCGAGGCUGCAUAAGCUCCAGGUUCCUACUAGAAGGCCAGAUGAUUAUUUUGCAGAGAUGGCCAAAUCUGACCAACAGAUGCAGAAGAUUCGACAGAAGCUCAAGAGUAAACAAGAAGCAAUGGAGAAGUCGGAGAAGGCAAAACAGCUCCGUGCAAUGAGGAAAUAUGGCAAGAAGGUGCAAACAGAGAUUCUGCAGAAGAGACAGAAGGAGAAAAAAUCCAUGUUGAAUGCAGUCAAGAAAUACCAGAAAGGUCUCUCUGACAAGYUGGAUUUCCUGGAUGAAGAGCAGACUUCAUCUCAGGGGAACAAGAAAGGCGGUGGAGGUCAACGCGUAAARAAAGGACCAAAUGCCAAACGACGAUACAAGAAUCAGAAGUUUGGUUUUGGUGGGAAGAAGAAGGGCUCGAAGUGGAAUACCAAGGAGAGUUUUAAUGAUGUAUCCGGCUUUCAAGCAAAAGUCGCUCACAACAAAGGCCCAAGAAAAGGAGGGAAAAAAGCCCUCAAUAAGAGACCUGGAAAGAGAGCAAGGCAGAAAAUGAAGAGCCGAGCACGCUAAGUGGACUGUUCUGUUAAGUGGGGUUUUUUGUCCCUUUGUUGUAAAAUAUUUCUGCUAUCUCCAAGCAUCUAACUACAGAGCAGGCUAGAUGCUUCCAUGUGGCGUGAAGAAAGUUAGUGAAAAAUAGUGCCUUAUCACUUAUUUCUUACUGUGUAUAUCCUGWAGGAAUUUGUGUUUCCAGUUUAAAGGUUUGGUGCAUGUGAACUCAUUAAACA